UCUCUUUGUUUCAUCUCCCUCCAUCUUCCCAAACUUUCUCACUCUCUCUCUCUCUGCAAUUUUCAUUUUCUUAAGUUUCAUCUCUUACCCUUCAAAGAUUAGCCAGAAGAUUAACAACGGGGCUGCUGAUUACCAAGCCAUCUGGGCUACUUGGCUGGAACCAGCAGUCUCUUUGGAACUUUGAGGCUUCUUGCUAAGUUCUUCCACUAAAACAUCACUAGUUCCAGUGAUUUUGGAUGAUUGAGGACCUUUGAAGCCUGAAUCAAUUAAUCAGACAUUUUAUAUCAUGAAAUCUGGACAUGAAGGUGGAACUAUUAGAGAUUCGGGGAUGCAACCUACCUCCAUUUUCCAUGAAGGUGAUCAUUCUAUCCCUGGCAAAGCGUUAGUCUACUCAUCAUCAUCAUCUUUUUCUUCUGAAACUUCCUUGGAUGACCUCUUGGAACUAGAUGUAAAUGCAGUCAGUAUGUUACCUGUAGAACUCAUUCAGAACAAUGGCAUAGGACCUUUGGAGCUAGACUUAAACCAAACAUUAUUAGCUGUGGAACCUGGGCAUUGGAGCAGAGUUGACAGUGAUUUGAUGCCAAGUUCAGCUAGCUCCCUUGGUGAAGCAGAUUCCUUUCCUAGAAAAAGCUCAAGUCGCUCAUCAUCAUCAUCAUCAUCAUCUGCCUCUGAAUCUCCCUCUCUAGAUUCCCUCCAAUUGGGAAUAGAUGUAACCAGAAAGUCCCCUGAAGGUGCUACUAGCCUCCCAAAAUUUGAUGAGGACAAUGAGAUCAGGCCUUUGGAGACUGAAUCAAAUCAGGCAAUAUUGGUUAUGGAACCAGAAAAUGGGAGUAGUACAAACAGUGAUCUGGGGAUGCAUCCUGGUACCGCCAUUGGUGAAGCUGAUCUCUCUACCCCGACCAAACAGCUAGAGCCCUUAUUAUCAUUAUCAUUAUCAAUGUCAUCCUCAUCCUCAGAAUCAUCAACUGAAGAUCCCUUCGAAAUUAGUGCAAAAGCAACUAGUAAGUCCCCUGCAGGCACUGUAGGUCCCCCGAGCCUUUCCAAGGACACUCAAUUAGCUUCAAAUCAUAGCAACAAGGAUAUUCCAGCUAGCUCUAUGCCUAAUCACGAACAAUCUAGUCAUGGAUCGGCAGGGCAGCCAACUGCACAAGUAGUGUCUGGCCGAAGCACUGAAGUGGGCUUCACCAAUAAGCCAACAACACAAUUUCUUCCAGUGCAGGUAAUGGAGCGACCUAGUGAGCCUGCUCCCUCUCAAUACAGGAUUCCAUCUUAUGUGUUUGCUAGAACUAAAUCUACAGUUCCAAUGGAAUGGAGUACCACUUCCAAUGAAUCUUUGUUCAGCAUUCACACGGGGAACAUGAGUUUCACGAAAGAACAAUUCAACUGGCUUGUUAAAUCUGGUGAAUUAGUCAUGACUGGUCCGUUAAUGGACAUCUCAAAUAACCAUUCUCCAACCAAUAAAUCAACUGAAAACAGCCCAAAAAGGGCUACUUUGGAUGAGGUUUCAGGAGUUACUGAAACAAAAGCUUCAAAAACAAUGAGGGAGAUUAUAAUGGAAAAUGAGGCACAUUCUAGUAAAGAUAUUCGGUCUCUUGUUGAGGACGCAUCUCAUUCACCUAGACUCUCUCAUCGUUCAGAUCAGGGUACAAAAUCUUUUGCUUUUCCAAUAUUGUCAGGGGAUGUGGAUAAAGGUUGUUCUACGGUAGGCCCACCUGGGAAAUGCCAAGAGUCAGGAUCACAGCCACAAACUCCCAAAGAAACAUCGAGUGCAGCUGAGACAUCUAAAGCUCCCCCAAAUGCUCAAAACAGAUGGUUCUCAUGCUUCUCUUGUUGCUCAAUCUGAUCCUAAGGACACUGAGUUAUUUAACUCUGUCACAGGCUUGUAUAUCUGUUCAGUAUAGUUGCAUAGUUUCAAACACUAUAAGUUGUGUUAAAAAAUGCAGUAUUUUUUUUUUUUUUUUUUUUUGGAGGGGGUGUAGCUUUACAAUUCCUUUCUUCUUAUUGAUUAGUUUACAUGGCAGAAUCUAUAACUCCUAUAUGGGGAUUCAGAUACAGUCACUUAUUGUGUCAUACGUGAGGUCAGGUUGUCUAGCUACUAGGUGAACCAGGAGGAAUCAAUUGAAGCUAUGGUCAAGGAAUCUCCAGCCAAAUAUUUGUCUAAUGGUGGAUUUGGAUUUCUGAAUACA